ACUUGAAAUGGGGAGUGACGUUCUUAAACUUGAUUAGAUACUCACUGAAGUAUAACCGAGCUCACGUUUAUAAACUUAUGUUAAAGAAACAUUUCUUGAAAUAUGUUGAUUAUUAUGCACAUUGUGAACUUUUGGUGGAAAAUAGGUAAAUUGGUCCUGCGUCUAAUUACCUAAUAUUUCAACAUCAAUAUUCAUUAAUCUAAUCUACUGUGACAGAUUACUUGUAAAUGAUGCAAGGUCUACAAAAUACAUGUGGUGCAGUUUAAAAUGAACAACAGUAGUACGGAUGGUAUCAAAUCAGAAUAUUUCACCGAAAAUGGAAAACCUGCAUUUUAUGAAUUUGUACAUGGGCUUUAUAUUUACGUUAUACCUAUGAUUGUGGUGAUUGGAAUGAUCUGUAAUGUUUUGUCUUUCAAAGUGUUUGUGUUUACCAGCUUUAGUCGCCAUCCAUCAAGCAUUUUCCUGGCAUUACUGAGCGUUUCAGAUACUUUCUUCCUCCUUGCAUUAAUAUUUACAUGGAUGGGAACAUUGAAAAAAGCAAGAAUUGACACUGGUGGAUUAUGUUUAGUAACAAUAUACAUAACGUAUGUCACGAGUUUCCUCUCUGUUUGGUGUGUUGUUCUGAUCAUGCUUGACCGAUUUAUUAUAAUUUGUUUUCCGUUACGACGACCACGAGUCUGCUCAAACAAAAUGGCGAAAUGCACUGGCAUUGCCAUUACAGUAUUUUCCAUCCUGAUUUAUAGCCAUUGUUUCUUGACCAUCGAGGUUGUACCUGUGCUUGGCUGUAGAGUUAAACAGGAAUAUUUCAGGUUCUUAGCAAUGGUUACUUAUAUAGAUACUGCUAUCACGUUCAUUAUUCCUUUUAUAGCAAUUUUUGUUUUAAAUAUAUAUGUAAUUGUGAUAAUACGGAAAUUUAACUUCAAACACGCAAAACCACGGGCCAUCAAAUAUUAUUCUCCGACAUACAAUGUCUUAUCUGUUGCACAAAUGAGAUUGACGAUAAUGUUGACUAUUGUAUCAAUUGUAUUUUUGGUUCUAAACUUACCGAGCCAUGCUAUCAGAUUCUAUAUAAUAGUUAACGAUUUAAUCGCAAACAACGAUAUGGCAUUAUUUUUAGCCCAACAGUUCUGUCAGAUUUUGUAUUAUGUAAACUUUGCCAUUAACUUUACAAUUUACUUUGUGUCCAGUAAUACAUUCCGUAGAUGUAUAAAAGAAAGAGUCAGGUGUAUGCGAUACCAAUAAAUACGAAAAACUAUAGUUUAUAAAUACUAACAAUGAAAAUUUCUUAACAUUAUCUGUAUAACAAGUGGAAAUUUUUAAUUUCACAUAUCAUAAGAUGUACAAGAGUACAAAAAAAUGGAACGAAAUGUUCAAAAAGGCAAUUCUUAGAUUUCCUUUUCCGGAAAGCAACAUUUGUAUAGCUAACGAACGAGAAAUGUGCAAAUAAAGGCAUUUUCAUGAUUGUUGUUAAUAUAUUUCAUUCUAAGAUUUUUAAUUCAUUCAUGGAUGUAAACACCUAAAUAUAUAGUUCAAUAAAUUGAAGAAAAGUC